AUGGAAGGUAAACGUGCUGCCCAUGUUAGGGCUGAAGCAGCUGAGGAUGAAGCAUUGUCUCAGCAAUCUUCACCAGAUAGAUAUGAAGAUUGUCCAGUUCCAGCGCUGGAACAUCAUCAAUCACUUGCAGCUGAAGGGCAGUAUUCGAAAGUUUCCAAAAAAGAGAUUGCUCAGAAUGGGAAGAAAUGGAUAACUGAUGAGGUGAGGGUGUCAUUUGAAAAAUGCAUGGAAGGAAAAGAUUAUCCUGAGGAUCAUAAGUAUGAGUUUGAUGAGCUUCAGCACCAGUGUUUUAGUGUGGAAAACUACUACAAGAUCUUCCACCACUUUAACUUCACCGUAAGGAUGAAGGUGUCUGGUUCAACGGACUGGACAUCAGUGCUUUUCUUCGCUGAGGUGAAGGAGAUAUUGAGACAAAAAAUGUACUUCUGCUGUCCCUUGGAGCCAUAUGAAAACGGACUUUGCUAUGCAUGCAAGAACCAAGGAAUAGAUGAUCUAAAGCAUCCAGUAAUUGGUGCAUUUGAUAGAGGCAGUCCGGAUACGGUAUUCCCUCACAUGUACGACAGUGACUCUUCAGAUGAAUUUACUCCAGUUAGGCUUGCAGAUGAAGCUGAGGAUGAGAGUAUUUUUUUUAGAUAAAGGAAACUUUAUUGAUAUUAGCUGUAUCCUGUU